AUUAACUUCCGACUUGACAACGAACAGUUGAAAAGCAUUAUGCCGAAAAAACAGAAAACAAGUGCGAAAAAGAGCGAAGAUUCUAUCGCUGAAGAAGACAAGAAAGAUGAAUCUUUGGCAUUGGAGACAGAGUCGUCACCCACCGAGGAUCAGACGGAGAUCAUUGAUCCUCCAAAGGAACCGUCACCCGAACCCAUGUACGACGAACCUGUCCUCUCAGAACUGAUAAUUGAAACCUUUGAAGGAGAAAAGACAAGAGGGAUGUAUGAAGGAGAGGGUCAUGCUGUUUUUACAGGAGGUCAUACUUACAAGGGUCAAUUCUGUGAAGGUCUCAUGCAUGGUCAAGGUCACUAUACCUGGAGUGAUGGAGUGGAGUAUCAGGGAGAAUUUUUCCAAAAUCAGGUGACUGGAAAAGGUAUCUAUAAAUGGCCUGAUGGAAGUAUGUAUGAUGGUGAGGUUUUGAAUGGGAAGAGACAUGGGAUCGGUUCCUAUAGGUGUAAAAACAAUAAGUUAUCUUACACAGGAGAAUGGUCAUUAGGGAAACGUCAUGGCAAGGGGAAGAUGGAUUAUGAUAGUGAGGGUAGGUCAUAUUAUGACGGAGACUGGAUCAACAAUGUCAAACAUGGCUGGGGAACUCGCCAGUAUCCAUCGGGAAACAUCUACCAAGGAAUGUGGUUUAACAAUAUUCGACAUGGAGAAGGAACAAUGAAAUGGCUGGAUCGGAACCAGAUGUACACAGGCAACUGGGAAAAUGGCAUUCAGCAUGGUGUUGGUCAGCACAUCUGGAUGCUGAAGAGGGUGACAGGAUCACAGUAUCCCCUCAGAAACAUGUAUGAUGGAGACUUUGUCAAUGGACUCAGGCAUGGGUCUGGUUCCUUUUACUAUGCUAAUGGGGCAAAGUAUGAAGGGGGAUGGAAAGAUAACAUGAAGCAUGGAAAGGGAAAAUUUGUUUUCAAAAAUGGAAGGAUCUAUGAAGGGAUGUUUGCCAAUGACCACAUUGUGGAGUAUCCAGAUUUUACCAUGGAUGGAACCACCACUCCAGAUAUUAGUCAGAUCCGAACAAGGACUCCUCUGCCUUAUGACAACCUGUCAGUCCAUAGCAAUGAGAGCAGGAACACCAUAGGUCCAAGCUUCCAACUAGAAAUUGAUCACUUGUUGUCUGAGUUCACAGACAGGGAAGAAGAAGCCAGCCAGGUGUUGUACGUUGUUAUGAGACACAUCAGUGCUCUGAGGAAGAUCUACAAUUACUACAGUUGUCUGGGAUAUGAUGAGAGUGCUGAUAAUACAUUUGUGAUGAAUAAAAUGCAGUUCUGGAGAUUCCUGGUGGACUGUGAAUUUCAUCACUGCGAGACUACUCUCAUGGAAAUGGACAGGCAGUUGGGUUACAAUAAGGAGAAGUUUGAGCUGCAUAAUCCCUACGACAAGAUUCUACUCCGACAGUUUGUCAACAACCUGAUUAUCUUAUCCUACUACAUGUACAGAGAGGAAGCCAGAGAUGAGUGCAAGGGACCCAUUUUGCACUGGUGCAUGUCUAAGUUAAUUUCUGAGAAAAUCUUGAGACAUGCAUGCAAUGUUAAAGGACAUUUUUAUACUGAACCAAGGCGAGCCAUUAAUGCAUUGGUUCACUUAGAUCAAGGCUAUGAAAUAUACCAAUCACUCUGUACCCCACGAAAGAAAAAGCCAUUUGAUUCUGCAUUUAAAAUGAGGGAGUUCCUCUACCUAAUGAAGGAUUUAAAACUAAUAAACAGUGAUCUGACCCCGAAAGCCAUCAUUGAUAUUCUGUCUAAAGAUGACCCAAAUGUAGCCGAUGGAGAGGGGUGCUGUAAUCUUGAACUCGAGAUGACCUUCCUUGAAUUUUUUGAAGCUCUGAUUGGGUGUGCUGAGGUGUUUGUGACAGAAGCUGUUGUUAAGGACCCCACCACUCCCCGUCCCAGCACAGUGCUAACCCCUGAACAAAGCAUGUUCUCCAUUCCAGUGUCAAGGUCACGCUUAGACAGCCAGGUUGGGAUUGAUGGGGCAGAGUCCCAGGGUGGGGUCUCUCCGAGACAGAACACAGGCUCCCCAGAAUUCCAGUCCCCCACCAGAGCCGUCUCGUCCGCAGAGGGAACUACCAAAAACGGAGAGAACAUCAAACCGCCAGAGGUACAUCAGUCAAUAUCAAACGUGACAGGAGGUGGAUCAAUCAGUGGUGGGGUUGAAGGAGGCACAACAAGUCGUCAUGAAUCUACAAAAGAUCUGGCAGGAGAUGUGCAGAAAAGUAACUCCUUUUAUAGUACACACACCAACGCCACAGAGGACGGGGGUCUGAUGCAGAGCUCCGUGUCUGCUGGGGGUCACACCAUGGAGGGUCAGGAAAUGGGGGAUGACGACGAAGAAGGGACAAAAGGUGGUGUUGCGAUCGCUGAGCAGGAAGAAGAAGAGGAAGAGGAGUUGGACGAAGCCACACGACAGUUUAACUUCUGGACACAUCAGGUCCAUAUCUUCUUUGUUAGGAAAUUCUUCCCCGCUGCAGAAAAAUCCCUGCAACUCCGCCAGCUUGUUGAGCGGAGGAACAUGGAACUGUCGAAGCAGAAGGCGACAGCGACUCCGCCAAGAAGGGAGAGUGUCAAAGUUAAUUAGAGGAAGAGACUGCAUGUGAUGUUACUCAAAUGCUCUGUUAUUUAUGUUUGGAAAUAUUUGAAUGUUUUAAAUAAUAAAUCUAAGUUAAGAAGUUAAAAGUAUUCAGAA